GGCAGGCGCAUGCAUUCUUAGCAUUAGCGAGUCCGCAUUCUUUUUCCAUUUCCACGCCUGCUUCUUUGGCUAAGCCGUCCUUCUCUUCGACCUGUUGUUUUUGAGUGUCCGAUUCUCAAACCUCUUCCUUUCAAAAUGUCUGCCCAAAACUCCGCAGGCAUUCAGACACUGCUUGAUGCAGAAAAAGAAGCACAGAAGAUUGUGCAGAAAGCCAGAGAAUAUCGAACAAAGAGAGUAAAAGACGCCAAGUCGGAAGCACAGAAAGAGAUUGAAGAAUAUCGAAAAAAGAAGGAAGAAGAGUUUAAGAAGUUCGAAUCAGAGCAAUCAAGCGGAAACAAGAAGGCCGAAGACGAUGCCAACAAGGAUGCGGAAGCCAAAGUCAAGGACAUUGAGCAGGCCGGCAAGAAAUCGGGAAACAAGGUGGUGGAAGACUUGAUCAAAGCUGUCACAAAUCCUCAACCAGAAGUACCGGAAAAGAUCUCGAGGGAGGAUUGAGACCAACUAUACGGUGCGAUGGUAAUAGAUUGAGUGUUUGCUGCUGCUCGUACGUCUACAGUACAGGACGUCGACUGGUGUUUGCAUCUUUAUGGGUGGUUUAAAGGGAUGGCAACGUGGCGCAAAUGUUGUGUGUUCAACAAGUCAUUAAAACAAAGAAUAGAAAAAGUAGGAAGCUAGGUCAUGAUAUGAAGAACCUAUUUCUAUUCCAGAA